AUGAAGUUCGCCGCCCUCCUCCUCGCAGCAGCAGCAACCCUCACAACCGCCACCUACAUCGACGGCCUCGGCGGCUUCGAAUACUGCAAAGACGAUAACAACUACCGCAUCACCCUCGACACCGUCAACCUCUGUCCCACGACUCUGACCCGCGGGGAACCCUUCUCCCUCCACGUCAACGGCACCAGCGCCACCUCUCUCUCCUCCUCCACAACCCUCGAAAUGAAAUUCAAAAAGGGCAUCCACAAGAAGUCCUUGGAUCCCGCGCCGGUGUGCGACUCGAAGAAAAUGAGUUGUCCGACGCAGGAAGUCGAUGUACGCGCGGAUGCGGUGGUUCCGGAGAAGAUACAUCACGGCGAGUGGAAGUUUACGGUGAAGAUUCGGGAUGGGAAGAAGGAAUUGGCGUGCUUCAAGACGAAGGUUAGGGUUGAGAAGCCGUAG